AGUCCCCAAGUUGAUAAUCCACAUCUCGAUUUUUCAUCCACAUCACGAUAAACUUAUGGACUUGAACUGCGCAAAGUAGUUGAUAUUCAUGCAUCCUCUCAAUUCCGCCUGCAAACCGCAACUUGAUGUGGGGGCGGAGUGGGGUUUAUCAUAACAUAAUUCGGAGUGUGGAUAUAAGUCCCCCAUUUCUUAAGUACUGUAGGAGAACCAAGGAGUUCUCUGCAACUCUCUGCAAUCGAAGUUUACAUCUACUACCAGAAAGCAAAAGCGAAGAGCGUUCGCCACUCAUAAAAAAAUGGUGGUGGUCGGAGACGUGAUUGUGACCAAAAUCAUUCAUCAGUUGAUGGAGAUCGGGCUCGCCUACAUAAAAGACCGGUAUUUUGCUAAUGAUACUACGAUGAAAGAUGAGCUUGAGAGGCUCGGGAGAGCUCUUCCUCGUAUCGAAGAUGUUGUGGAGAUGGCUGAGAGCGGGCAGCAAGAAAUUACUGGAGCACUCAAGAAAUGGCUGUGGCAACUAAAAGAUGUUGUUUACGAGGCUGACAACGUACUUGAUGAGCUUGAUUACCUUAAGCUGCAGAAACAAGUUGAGGAGAAAGCCUCAGGCAGCAAAGGACAUGGUGAUAGAGGCAGGGGUAAAGUGCGUGGUUUUCUCUCCGACUCUAAACGGAAAGCUGUAAAAGCUGGUAAAAGAGUCUUCAAAUCCGAUCUCACCCUCGGGAAACUGAGGGGGGCCGUGAAAAGGCUAGAUGAAGUCGCGGCGGGCGUCGGAGAUUUCAUCUCUACACUACAAGAACACAGACAACUGCAUCAACAACAUCAAAGUCUGAGCAUGGUUUCUGCUCGCGAAACUGGACCAGCUCUAACUGAGAGAAAAGUGUUUGGACGAGAUGAAGACACGAAGAAACUGUUAGGGUGGUUGAGAGAGGAUGUGAGCAGUACAAGUGUCUCUCUUUUCUCCAUUUUUGGCCAUGGAGGAGUGGGCAAGACCACCCUUGCACAACUCGUCUAUAAUGACGAGAGCUUAGCUAAUUCAUUCGAUUCCAAAAUCUGGGUGUGUAUCUCCACUCCCUUUGAUGUCAAAAAGGUCAUGGUAGAUAUUAUAGAAUACGUCAAGAAAAAGAGACCUGAAGUCAGGGGACUUGCCGCUCUGCAGGAAGCUCUUAAAGAUCUGGUGUCAUCGAGGAAAUUUCUCCUUGUCUUGGAUGACGCAUGGAAUGAUGACAAUCGUUCUGAGUGGGAUAAAUUGUUUGCUCCUUUGAGGAGCGGCCAUAAAGGAAGCAAAAUCUUGUUAACUACUAGAUCGGAGAGCGCUGCAGACAUGGCCACAUUGGCUUUGGGGGGAUCAAUAAAGAAAUCGUUGAAGUUAAAUCCCUUAUACGGUGAAGAUUUCUUAUCACUUUUCAAGCAACAUGCAUUUGCUGGGGUAGACUCUUGUGAUUAUAGGAAGUUGGAAUCCAUUGGCAAGCAAAUAGCAAGAAGGCUUGGGGGCUUACCGUUGGCUGCAAAGACGAUUGGAGCGCUAUUGAAUUCCAAGUUGGAUGAUAGUCAUUGGACCAGAAUUUUGCAAGCGAACAAUAUAUCCGAUCAAGCACAACAGAGGGAUGGUGUGAUGGCGGUUUUGAUGUUAAGCUAUCACCAUCUACCAAUGCACUUAAGACCCUGUUUUUCUUAUUGCAGCAUCUUUCCUCAAGAUUAUGUGUUCGAGAAAGAUGAUCUAGUCUUCAUGUGGAUGGCUCUUGGCCUCAUUCAAAAAUCUUCCCAAUAUCCAAACGAGACACUAGAGGACACUGGAAGGGGCUACUUCGACGAUUUAGUGAAACUAUCAUUUCUCGAAAAACUUUACUACAAAGCUGCCUACAACAUGCAUGAUCUUUUGCAUGAUCUAGCACGUGAAGUAUCUCAUGGUGAAUGCUUUAGAUUUGUCGGAGACAUGUCAAUUGACCAGAUCCCGAAUACGGUACGUCAUUUGCAUUUUGAAACCGACAAACUUGACCUUCUUAAAGAUGUGGGCAAACAGAAGAAACUCCGCACGCUUGUGUUAGUCUUCAGAGGAUAUGUUAAUGAGCAUGCCAAGGAUUUUGAAGAAGCGUUCAAGUCACUGGAAAGCAUUAGGGUGCUGCGCCUAGAUGUUGACGGCAUGAACGCUUUGCCAGAUGCAAUUGGUAACCUGAGGCAUAUCAGAUAUUUGUCGAUUCGUCAUGUUAUUUCUCGGUUACCAAGUUCAUUCUGUAGGCUUUACCACCUGCAGGUCCUUAACUGUUUUUGGCCGCCUAUUGGAUAUUCUACUGGUCCUGUUCUUGGUUUGAAUAAUCUUGUUAGUUUGAGACACCUAAUACCAUGUGAAGUUUACUAUGAAAAAAUCGAGGGGAUUGGGACAUUAACUUCACUUCAACGUUUGUCGUUCGCUGCUAAUGUUUAUAAAUUGAGCGAAUUGAAGGAGAUGAGAGAUUUGCGAGAGCUGAAGAUCCGUGGCCUUGAGAAUCGCAAACAUCACGAGGAAGUCAGUACGAUCGAGUUGCAUUGUAAAAAAAACCUCCUCAUGUUAGAGCUGGUUUGGUCUGAUGACAGUGAUGUGGCGGAUGAGUAUGAACUGAUGCUUGAUCGCCUGCAGCCACCUGAUAGCCUCAGGGGACUAACAAUCAAGGGAUACCAAGGUGCCAGGUCUCCAUGUUGGAUGGGACCAGAAUUAUUAAAAAAUCUGGAGUACAUGAGCCUUGUAUGUGGCAGGGCAUGGAAGCACCUUCCUUCUCUCGGGAAGCUCCCAUACCUCAUGCGUUUGACAUUGGGGGGACUGCCAGCUCUUCAGCAAAUUAAUUGUGAAGGUGGCUUUCAACAACUAAGGUAUUUAGAUAUUUAUGACUGUGAGCAAUGGGAGGAGUGGUGUGGAUUAGAAGCAGAGGCAGUACCCUGGUGUCCUCUGCUCAAGGAACUUGUUAUCGAGUAUUGUCGCAAACUGAAGGCGCUGCCCCCUCUGCCCCUCGGUCUCCAAAAAUUGGAGUUGGAUGAUGUGGGAUUGUCUGAUUCUCCAGCAUUCUGGGUGAGCAGCAACUGCGGUGGUAGCAGCUGCGGUACAGCUAGCUCUUCGUCCACGUCCUCUCCCUCCCUCUCUGAAUUGAGAAUUAGAAGGUGUGGAGAGCUGACAUCCGUGGCUGGCUUGUUCCGACAUCAUCUCACGUCUCUCAGGCUGUUGCGGAUUGAGGAUUGCCCUGAGCUGAGGAUGUCUCCAAACACAGUUACCCCAGCUGAUUGUGGUGGACCGGACGGUCUCACUCCUAAGCUGGCAUCAAUUGUGCGUCUAAAGGCUCUUCCCCACCUCUACAGUCUAACCAUUAGGGAGUGCCCCAAGCUUGUGCAAGCAGCUGAGGAAACAACUCCAGCAUCAAUAAUCAAGCGGGAAGAGGAGCAGGAGCUCACAUCGACUGUUGAAGAUCUUUACAUCGAUGACCCGUUCCUGCUCCGCAUAGAGCCAUUGAGAAACCUCACAUCUGUCAGGUGGCUGAAGAUAGGAGAUUGUAGUCACCUGGAGGCUGCUCUCGCAGAGUCAUGGCUGUUGCAGAAUUCAACUUCACUUCAACAUCUCGAGCUGUGGGGUAAAGCGAAGUUCUUGCCUUCUUCUAUCCUCCAAGCACUCCCUUCCCUCGACUACUUGACACUUGGUGAAGCUUAUGAGCUUCAAUCACUGCCACAACUUCCUUUGUCCCUGCGAACGCUGGAGAUCAGGGGCUGCAACGAGGCACUGAAGGAGCGAUGCCGGGAGAAUGAAGGUGCUGAUUGGCCCAACAUCCGACACAUCACUUACAUUCAUAUUCGUUAGCGAUUCGGUACUUUUGUAUAUGAAGCUAAGUUUUUAAAGUUUGCCUGCUGAAGGGGGAAAAACAUGCAUUAUUAGUUUUGGAGACUAGAGUUACUACAUCUUACAUACACGAGAUGCUAAAAGUUUUACCUGAAGUAUGCAAGAAAUUCAUACUUUCAGUUGUUACUGCUACCUAGUGUAUUAUUAUCACUAUAAGUAAUUCACCUUAUUCAUUGUGCACAGGUUGGAGCUUUCUUGAGACACGGAGCAGCUGCAGGGUUGUUGCAGGGUCUUGUGCCUCAAUAUAUUAACUCAUCAGUCAGAUUGACGGGAUCAGAGGCAUCUCUACAGUCUGAUUCAAGAGAGGAUAAAGGGUAUGAUGAAUAUAACUCAGUGGAAACAUAUAGAGCAAAUGAUAUACAGGAGUAAUUUGUACUUUUUUAGUUUCUUGCAGUCUUUAUCUAUGUGUUUCAGCAUAAAAUGUGUAUUAAUAUUUUGUUAUGGAUACUUUGUCUCAGGUUCAAAGGUCAUGAUAUGUUGGCACCA